AUGCACGUCAACGCCAUCGGUGCAGAGCAAGUGGGAGGAGGAAGAGGAGAGGUGCCAGAAGUCCAGGAUUUUGGGGAAGUCUGUCCCAUCCCAGACUUGAACCGUGCGCCACAGAGCUCUGGUGGACUAUUUCUACUUGCACUUAAAGGGUCUGACCCGUUGGGUAAAGUGAUAGAAGAUGUGGCACAGGGUUUUACCGCUCUGUGCCCUUCUGGCGCCUCUCUUUAUAGGACUUCCCUCAAACCUCCAAGCUCAGGAAGCGCUUCAGGCAGCCGUGCGGCCGAUGGAGUGACCCAAAUAGUGGUGGUUCUGACAGACGGGAGGUCCCAGGACGAUGUUUUGGAACCAGCAAGGGUGUUACAAAUGGCCCAAGUGAAUGUUUUUGCAGUGGGCGUUCAAGAUGCCAUGGAUGCUGAGCUGAAGGAGAUGGCUAGCGAACCCUAUGACAGCCAUGUUUUUAGCCUAGAGUCGUUCGUGGAGUUGAGAGACAUUAUCCAGGAUUUAGUGGUUGGGGUGUGCGGCACAGUGGCCCGCAACAGAGAGUUGUCUGUGGUCAAUGAGGAGCCUGUGCGAGGAGGAGGGAAAGAGCGCCUUGAUGUGGCCAGGGACAAAAUUCAAGUGGCUUUGGCCCUUUACAAUGGCAACCCUGACAUAAAGUUUUACUUGAAUAGCUAUGACAACAAAGCCUCAGUCCUGGAGGCCGUGAAGGGGCUGUCCUUCCCAGGGGGCGAUGAUUCGAACCUGGGUGCCGCCUUGGAGGAAGUGUCCGAGAGCCUGCUGAGCUCUAAUGCAGGUGGCAGGGCAGAGGAGGGCGUGCCGCAGAUGUUAGUGGCGAUCAGCGGAGGCUCUUCCACGGAUGACACCGGAGCAGGGGAACGGGCACUGAAAAGGGCAGGAGUGAUUAUGUUCGGGGUGGCAAUCGGUGGUUCUGCCUCGGCUGACUUGGAGACAGUGGCCACAGACAGGAGUUUUGUUCUAUCCACCCCAGAUUUCAGAUCUGCCUCCACCGUGGGCAACCAACUGUUGCCCUACCUUAACGGGGUUGUCCAGCGCACCAUAAUAGUUCAGAAUGAGUUCACAGAAGCCUUGGUAGUUGGACCGAGAGAUAUAAUUUUCCUCCUUGACUCCACUAUGGGCGCCACUCUCCUCAACUCCACUCGGGAGUUCAUUCGGCGUUUCGUGAACAACAUGCCCAUUGGUCCGAGCGAAGUCCAGGUCGGAGUGGCCCAGUUUAGCAACAGCCCCCGCCUUGAGAUGGACCUGAACUCCCAUGGGUCACGGGAUUCUCUAUUAGCUGCUUUGGGACGUCUGAGACCAAGACCUGGCCAAACCGUCAACAUGGGAGCCGCUUUGGAUUUCGUGAGGACCGAUAUGUUGAGACCAGACAAAGGCAGUCGUCUUCGUCAAGGUGUGCCUCAGCUUGUCCUGCUCAUGACCACAAAGAAGUCCAGUGACAGUGUGGAUGAGGCGAGCAGAGCACUCCAGCAAAUGGGGGUUUUGACUUUGGCGGCUGGGUCCAAAGCAGCUGACGAAGCAGAAUUGAGGAGGAUUGCGUUCACCGACACUAUGGUGUUUAUGCUUAGAGAUUUCCGUAUCCUGCUCAGAAACCCAAGAAACAUUGUGGAUGCUCUUUCAUCUCUGUCCGGGACUGUUGUGACUGAGGAACCCACGGAAACAGUGGUGGAAAUAACAACAGUGCAGACACAAAAAGUCGUCAGAGACUUUGUGUUUUUGGUGGAUGGCUCGAGUUACGUCGGACCCAAUAAUUUCCCCUAUGUGCGGGAGCUUAUUAUCAACAUUGUGAACCAACUGGAUGUCCGUCCUGACAGAGUCCAGAUCGGCCUGCUUCAGUACGCCGAGGACCCAAAGAUCGAGUUCUACCUGAACAGUUACAGCAGCAGAGAGGAUGUGGUGAAUAAAAUCAACCAACUCUCACAGCUGGGCGGGUCUGUUCUCAACACUGGGAAGGCCUUGGACUAUGCCCUCAAAAACAUGUUCAAGUCAUCAACAGGGUCCAGGCGGAGACAAGGGAUCCAGCAGGUCUUGAUCCUCAUCACAGGAGGCCCAACCCAGGACCAGGUCAAAGCGGUGGCAGACCAGGUGGCUCUGGCUGGAGUGCUAACCUUCACUGUUAGCGCUGGGCAGGCUGAUGCCAACAUGCUGAGAAGUGUGGCCUUUGUCCCAGACUUGGCCUAUCAUGAAAACUACUUCUCAAACUUACCAGCCCUGUCGGAGCAAAUGCGGACUAAACUCACCACGGUAGUUGGGGACACAUCGGUGACAACGUUCCCUGAUGAAGUCGAGGGAAGAGAUGUUGCCUUCCUUAUUGAUGGCACCGACAGUGUGCGGCAAGAUUUCCCAUACAUCCAGGAUUUUAUCACCAAAGUCAUCGAGCCCCUUGACAUUGGCUCUGACAAAGUCCGAGUGGCUGUCGUCCAACACAGCGAACGUCCGACUCCCGCUUUCUUCCUGAACACUCAUCAGUCCAAAGAUGAUGUGUUACGAGCCAUUAGCAACAUGAGAGUAGUCGGCGGUCGCGGCCUCAACACUGGGGCUGCAUUGAGAUACAUGAAGGACACCGUCAUGUCUGAGCGCCAGGGGAGCCGAGCAGCACAAGGUAUUCCACAGUUCCUCAUUGUACUGUCUGGGAGUCGGUCAAGAGACAGCGUGAGCGAGUCUGCAGGUGCACUCAAAACCGGUGGAGUGGUACCGUUUGGGGUUGGCGUAAAGGAUGCAGACCCAAGGCAGAUGGAGACGAUAUCUCACAACCCAUCAUUCGCUUUUAAAGUGAGAGACUUCAACGAGCUGAGCACAGUGCCCGGAAGACUCAACACCUUCGUAAGCCUGCCCAAAGACGAACUGCAAGUCGUGCUAAAGCAAGUGGAACGCAUGUCUAUCGAUGACGGCAAGGACCGAGUAGCCGUGGUCCAAUAUGCUGAUACGGCCACAGUAGAGUUCCACCUGUCUACACACAAAACUAAAACCAACUUGAUGGGUGCUAUUGACAAACUGAAGCACAAAGGUGGAACAGAGGUUAAUACUGGGGCGGCCAUGCGUUUCACACGACUUAUGGUUUUCACCUCUUCGUGGGGUAGUAGGCGACUCGAAGGUGUGCCUCAGAUAUUGGUUGUUCUGACAAGUCAACCGUCUGACGAUAACAUCAAAACUCCAGCAUCUGCACUCAAAGAGCAUGAGAUUAUGACUGUGGGUAUCGGAGUGGGAGAUGCCGAUCGGCCUGAGCUGGAAACCAUUGCAUUCAAACCCAACAUGGUCUAUAAGUACAGUGACGAAGUGGAAACUGAGAUCAAUUUAAAUACCUACUUCGACAAGCAGGAUGUGCUGGAUGCUGUCCAAAGCAUGAUACAUAUCGGAGUGGAAAGUGCCACCAAAGAUCUAGUUUUCCUUCUGGAUGAUUCUGACGCAACGAGAAAUGGCUUCCCGGCCAUGCGUGACUUUGUGGAGAGAGUGGUGCAAACUCUGAAUAUAGGAGAAAACACUAACCGGGUCUCUGUGGUCCAGUACAACAGAGAUCCAGACGUCGGUUUCUAUCUUAACACAUAUGACACCAGAAAUGAUGUUUUAGAUGCAGUCAGAGAGCUGAGACAUAGAGGAGGGAGACCUAUCAACACUGGGGCAGCCCUCCAAUACGUCAAUGACAAUGUCUUCACAACUUCUGCCGGCAGUAGGGGCCAGCAAGGCGUUCCACAGCUGUUGAUCCUUCUGAAUGGUGGAAAGUCAUCUGACAAUGCCGAUACACCAGCCGCUGCUCUUAGAAACAGGGGCAUUGUUGUCCUUGGUAUCGGAGCUGGAAGGGCUGCCGGGGCAGAGAUGAAAAACAUUACAUUCAACUCCAGUUAUGCUGUGUCUGUGUCUGAUUUCGCUGACCUCCCCAAUGCCCAAGAGCAGAUCUCUUCUGCAAUGGGCACAGCGGUAGUACAGGUCAUGCCUACCACACCAAAUGUAACUGUGGAAAGUGCCACCAAAGAUCUAGUUUUCCUUCUGGAUGAUUCUGACGCAACGAGAAAUGGCUUCCCGGCCAUGCGUGACUUUGUGGAGAGAGUGGUGCAAACUCUGAAUAUAGGAGAAAACACUAACCGUGUCUCUGUGGUCCAGUACAACAGAGAUCCAGACGUCGGUUUCUAUCUUAACACAUAUGACACCAGAAAUGAUGUUUUGGAUGCAGUCAGAGAGUUGAGACAUAGAGGAGGGAGACCUAUCAACACUGGGGCAGCCCUCCAAUACGUCAAUGACAAUGUCUUCACAACUUCUGCCGGCAGUAGGGGCCAGCAAGGCGUUCCACAGCUGUUGAUCCUUCUGAAUGGUGGAAAGUCAUCUGACAAUGCCGAUACACCAGCCGCUACUCUUAGAAACAGGGGCAUUGUUGUGCUUGGUAUCGGAGCUGGAAGGGCUGCCGGGGCAGAGAUGAAAAACAUUGCAUUCAACUCCAGUUAUGCUGUGUCUGUGUCUGAUUUCGCUGACCUCCCCAAUGCCCAAGAGCAGAUCUCUUCUGCCAUGGGCACAGCGGUAGUACAGGUCAUGCCUACCACACCAAAUGUAACUGUGGAAAGUGCCACCAACGAUCUAGUUUUCCUUCUGGAUGAUUCUGACGCAACGAGAAAUGGCUUCCCGGCCAUGCGUGACUUUGUGGAUAGAGUGGUGCAAACUCUGAAUAUAGGAGAAAACACUAACCGUGUCUCUGUGGUCCAGUACAACAGAGAUCCAGACGUCGGUUUCUAUCUUAACACAUAUGACACCAGAAAUGAUGUUUUGGAUGCAGUCAGAGAGUUGAGACAUAGAGGAGGGAGACCUAUCAACACUGGGGCAGCCCUCCAAUACGUCAAUGACAAUGUCUUCACAACUUCUGCCGGCAGUAGGGGCCAGCAAGGCGUUCCACAGCUGUUGAUCCUUCUGAAUGGUGGAAAGUCAUCUGACAAUGCCGAUACACCAGCCGCUGCUCUUAGAAACAGGGGCAUUGUUGUGCUUGGUAUCGGAGCUGGAAGGGCUGCCGGGGCAGAGAUGAAAAACAUUGCAUUCAACUCCAGUUAUGCUGUGUCUGUGUCUGAUUUCGCUGACCUCCCCAAUGCCCAAGAGCAGAUCUCUUCUGCAAUGGGCACAGCGGUAGUACAGGUCAUGCCUACCACACCAAAUGUAACUGUGGUGAGACAACAAUCAGGAAAGGAUGUUGUUUUCUUGUUGGAUGGCUCUGACGUGGAAAGUGCCACCAAAGAUCUAGUUUUCCUUCUGGAUGAUUCUGACGCAACGAGAAAUGGCUUCCCGGCCAUGCGUGACUUUGUGGAGAGAGUGGUGCAAACUCUGAAUAUAGGAGAAAACACUAACCGUGUCUCUGUGGUCCAGUACAACAGAGAUCCAGACGUCGGUUUCUAUCUUAACACAUAUGAUACCAGAAAUGAUGUUUUGGAUGCAGUCAGAGAGUUGAGACAUAGAGGAGGGAGACCUAUCAACACUGGGGCAGCCCUCCAAUACGUCAAUGACAAUGUCUUCACAACUUCUGCCGGCAGUAGGGGCCAGCAAGGCGUUCCACAGCUGUUGAUCAUUCUGAAUGGUGGAAAGUCAUCUGACAAUGCCGAUACACCAGCCGCUGCUCUUAGAAACAGGGGCAUUGUUGUGCUUGGUAUCGGAGCUGGAAGGGCUGCCGGGGCAGAGAUGAAAAACAUUGCAUUCAACUCCAGUUAUGCUGUGUCUGUGUCUGAUUUCGCUGACCUCCCCAAUGCCCAAGAGCAGAUCUCUUCUGCAAUGGGCACAGCGGUAGUACAGGUCAUGCCUACCACACCAAAUGUAACUGUGGAAAGUGCCACCAAAGAUCUAGUUUUCCUUCUGGAUGAUUCUGACGCAACGAGAAAUGGCUUCCCGGCCAUGCGUGACUUUGUGGAGAGAGUGGUGCAAACUCUGAAUAUAGGAGAAAACACUAACCGUGUCUCUGUGGUCCAGUACAACAGAGAUCCAGACGUCGGUUUCUAUCUUAACACAUAUGACACCAGAAAUGAUGUUUUGGAUGCAGUCAGAGAGUUGAGACAUAGAGGAGGGAGACCUAUCAACACUGGGGCAGCCCUCCAAUACGUCAAUGACAAUGUCUUCACAACUUCUGCCGGCAGUAGGGGCCAGCAAGGCGUUCCACAGCUGUUGAUCCUUCUGAAUGGUGGAAAGUCAUCUGACAAUGCCGAUACACCAGCCGCUGCUCUUAGAAACAGGGGCAUUGUUGUGCUUGGUAUCGGAGCUGGAAGGGCUGCCGGGGCAGAGAUGAAAAACAUUGCAUUCAACUCCAGUUAUGCUGUGUCUGUGUCUGAUUUCGCUGACCUCCCCAAUGCCCAAGAGCAGAUCUCUUCUGCAAUGGGCACAGCGGUAGUACAGGUCAUGCCUACCACACCAAAUGCAACUGUGGAAAGUGCCACCAAAGAUCUAGUUUUCCUUCUGGAUGAUUCUGACGCAACGAGAAAUGGCUUCCCGGCCAUGCGUGACUUUGUGGAGAGAGUGGUGCAAACUCUGAAUAUAGGAGAAAACACUAACCGGGUCUCUGUGGUCCAGUACAACAGAGAUCCAGACGUCGGUUUCUAUCUUAACACAUAUGACACCAGAAAUGAUGUUUUGGAUGCAGUCAGAGAGCUGAGACAUAGAGGAGGGAGACCUCUCAACACUGGGGCAGCCCUCCAAUACGUCAAUGACAAUGUCUUCACAACUUCUGCCGGCAGUAGGGGCCAGCAAGGCGUUCCACAGCUGUUGAUCCUUCUGAAUGGUGGAAAGUCAUCUGACAAUGCCGAUACACCAGCCGCUGCUCUUAGAAACAGGGGCAUUGUUGUGCUUGGUAUCGGAGCUGGAAGGGCUGCCGGGGCAGAGAUGAAAAACAUUGCAUUCAACUCCAGUUAUGCUGUGUCUGUGUCUGAUUUCGCUGACCUCCCCAAUGCCCAAGAGCAGAUCUCUUCUGCAAUGGGCACAGCGGUAGUACAGGUCAUGCCUACCACACCAAAUGUAACUGUGGAAAGUGCCACCAAAGAUCUAGUUUUCCUUCUGGAUGAUUCUGACGCAACGAGAAAUGGCUUCCCGGCCAUGCGUGACUUUGUGGAGAGAGUGGUGCAAACUCUGAAUAUAGGAGAAAACACUAACCGGGUCUCUGUGGUCCAGUACAACAGAGAUCCAGACGUCGGUUUCUAUCUUAACACAUAUGACACCAUAAAUUAUGUUUUGGAUGCAGUCAGAGAGCUGAGACAUAGAGGAGGGAGACCUAUCAACACUGGGGCAGCCCUCCAAUACGUCAAUGACAAUGUCUUCACAACUUCUGGCGGCAGUAGGGGCCAGCAAGGCGUUCCACAGCUGUUGAUCCUUCUGAAUGGUGGAAAGUCAUCUGACAAUGCUGAUACACCAGCCGCUGCUCUUAGAAACAGGGGCAUUGUUGUGCUUGGUAUCGGAGCUGGAAGGGCUGCCGGGGCAGAGAUGAAAAACAUUGCAUUCAACUCCAGUUAUGCUGUGUCUGUGUCUGAUUUCGCUGACCUCCCCAAUGCCCAAGAGCAGAUCUCUUCUGCAAUGGGCACAGCGGUAGUACAGGUCAUGCCUACCACACCAAAUGUAACUGUGGAUUCACAAGGUCCCAAGAAGGACAUUGUUUUCCUUGUUGACGGGUCUGAUGGUGUCGGCCGGGAAUUUCCAAUCCUCCAGGAGUUCAUGAAAAGGGUUGUCGAGACACUCAACGUGGGCGAGAACAAAAUUCGUAUUGGUGUGGUUCAGUAUGGCGACAAUCCUCAACCUGACAUGUAUCUAAACUCUCAUCCCACCAAAGAGGGUGUUCUCAGUGCAAUAGCUGGUUUACAGAGACGUGGAGGAAGACAACGUAACCUUGGACAAGCUUUGGAGUUCCUCAAUAGCGACGUUAUGAUACCCUCCCGAGGAAGUAGGCGGCAGGAACGUGUCCCUCAGUUUGUCAUUGUUGUGUCCGGAGGUCCUUCUACAGAUAACAUCCAGCAGGCAGCAAUAACUCUCAAAAAUUCUAGAGUUUUUCCUUUCAGCAUUGGAACAAGAGAUGUAAAUCCAACUGAGCUUCGGAUUGUGUCCUACGUACCCAAUUUUGCAUACACUGUGGAUGAUCUUCCUGGCUUGUAUACGGUCCAAGAAAAUCUUAUCAACACUUUGACAGAGACGUCAGAUGAAGAUUUUGCAAGGAUGUCCCCAGUAUUCCCUGAUUAUGACGUUGUCCCGUCCCCCCCAUCAGAAGAUGUCAAAAGAGAUGUUGUUUUCCUCAUUGAUGGAACAACAGCAGUGCGCAGUGAAUUCCCAGCCAUUCGAGAGAUGAUCCGAAGAGUUGUUGACAAGCUAGAUGUGGGACUAGAUGCUGUAAGGAUUUCUGUAGUACAAUACAGCGAAGACCCUAAGGUGGAAUUUUACCUGAAUGAACACUCAUCUCAACAAGAGGUUCGAAAUGCUGUGCAGAGGCUGAGAAGUAAAGGUGGGACCUCCCUGAACACCGGUCGGGCUCUUGAGUUUGUAGGAAGAAGUAUCUACCAGCGAUCAGCUGGAAGCCGCAUUGAGGAUGGUGUGCCACAGUUUCUCAUUUUGGUCACUGGUGGCAAGUCGUCUGACGAUGUGUCCUCUGCGGCAAAUCAACUGAAGAGGAAUAAGAUUGCACCUCUUGCUGUUGGCUCCAGAAAUGCUGACGCUGAAGAGUUGAGGCAAAUUUCUCUAAAGCCAGAAUUUGCCCAUAAAGUUGAUUCUUUCAAUCAACUUCCAACAAUUGAGAAUCAGCUGUUAGAUUCAGUCAAAACUACAUCCGCUGAUGAAAUUGCCACUGUUUAUAUUCCUGCUCCUCAACCUCCUGUCACCACAGAAACUGUCAAUCUUGGAAGAAAGGAUGUAAUCUUUCUUAUUGAUGGGUCAGACAAUACUGGAAACGAAGGUAUUGCUCACAUUCGCGACUUUAUCCUCAACACUGUACAGCAGCUGGAUGUGCAGCCUGACCAAGUGCGUGUAGGAAUAGUCCAGUAUUCUGACAGGGUCAAAACAGAAUUCUCGCUGAAUUCUCACAACAACAAGGCAGCUGUCCUGUCUGCUGUGAAGAGGCUGAGGCAGAUGGGUGGACGCUCCUCAGACCUUGCUGAUGCCCUCAACUAUGUCAUACAAAAUGAGCUUAAACCUUCAGCUGGAGUUCGCCCCAUUGAGGCUUCCCAACACCUUGUGGUUCUCACCGGUGGACGAUCUCCUCAAGAUGUGGCUAUUUUUGGACCAUUGCUCAAGAGCUCAAGGGUGAACUGUGUUGGUGUUGGAGCUUCUGGUGCAGACUCAAGGCAGCUAGCUCAAAUUGCCACCAACCCAGACGAUGUCCUUCAAGUCCCAACAUUUCCAUCCCUGCCAUCACUCAGAGAGCGGCUGAUAACCAGACUGAGGGGAAAAAUCGAAGAAAUCCCCACUGACUUUGAAGGUGGACCUGAUGUGAAAAAGGCAGACAUAGUAUUUUUGGUAGAUGGCUCCAUGAACCUGGGAAGGGAAAACUUUGUAGAGGUUAUGAACUUUGUGAUCAAUCUAAUCGACCUGUUCUACAAUGAAAAAGAUGAGCUUAGGUUUGGCCUUGCGCAUUACACCACCGACGUCACCGACGUUUUUUUCCUAAAUUCAUACACAAACAAGGACGAUAUUAUUAGUGCCAUUGGCCGUGCUGAGUACAAAGGAGGACGAAGGAUCAACACUGGCGCUGCUAUAAAAUAUGUCCAAGAUCGGCAUUUUAUCAGAGAGAAAGGAAGCAGGAAAAACGAAGGCACCCCACAAAUCCUCAUGCUUAUCACUGGUGGAAGAUCAGCUGAUGAUAGCAAAUCAGCAGCCCUGGGAUUGAAGACAACAGGGGCUAGAAUCUUUGCAAUCGGAAUUGGAGACAUUUUGGAGUCAGAGUUGGCAAAUAUAGCCAGUGAGGGGUCAACCGUGGCCAGAGCAGGCACGUACCUGGAGCUGUCCGAGCUGAACGAGCAGAUCCUGGAAGCUCUGGACGAUGAAGUGAAGGGAAAGGGUGUGUGCACUCCGCCUGACACUGAGGCCAAACCUUGCAACAUGGAAGUCCUGGUCGGUUUUGAUGUGAAUGCCCAGAAUAUCUUUACGGCACAGACCAACCUUCAGAGCAAGCUGGGGGCCAUUUUACAGAGGAUUUCCAAGAUGAGGCCGAUUACUUGUUCUGCGGGACGGGCUCCUUCUAUUCAGAUCGGGAUACUGGCCAUGGGCUCAUUUGCUGAUGCAGUGCAGCUGGAUUUCACUGAUGACUCACAAGAGCUGUUUGAGAGUUUCAGAAGACUCGGUACACGUGGGCCCUUUGUUCUCAACAGACAGACUAUAGAGGCCUAUAACUCCAGGUUCAAAAACAGGCAGGACAAUGUAGUAAAGGUGAUCAUCCAUCUGACGGACGGCUUGGACGCUCCUUACAAUGAAAUGAAUAGAGCAGUCUAUGAGUUGCAGAAGUCAGGAGUCAGCAGCUUCAUCCUGGUGGGAAUGGAGCGAGUGAAUAAUUUUGAGCAGGCUGCACGGCUGGAGUUUGGACGAGGUUACAGAUACACCCGACAACUGCGCGUCAACAUUAUGGACUUGGACUACGAGCUGCUUGAUGAACUUGACAGCAUCGCCGAUAGAGAGUGCUGCGGUGUCGCGUGUAAAUGCACAGGGACCAGAGGAGACAGAGGAGCAGUUGGAUUUAAUGGACCAAAGGGAGAUCCAGGUCUUCAAGGAGGCCUAGGACACCCUGGAGACGAGGGUGGCCCUGGAGAGAGAGGUCCUCCUGGUGUGAACGGUACACAGGGUUUCCAGGGUUGUCCCGGACCCAGGGGCACAAAGGGGGCACGUGGAUAUUCAGGAGAAAAGGGUGAAAAUGGAGAGCUAGGUCUCGACGGUAUCAAUGGAGAAGAUGGUGUAAGUGGAAAACCUGGAUUAGCUGGGAGUAGAGGAACUCCUGGCAGAAGGGGACCCAAAGGAGCAAAGGGUCAACUAGGAGAUAGAGGAGAUAUGGGAAUCAGAGGAGACCCUGGUCAAAGUGGACGAGACAACACGCGGCCCGGACCUAAAGGAGAACCUGGCGACUCUGGUCUACCGGGAGAGCCAGGCAAUUCUGGGAGACCUGGUCCAGCCGGCGAUCCAGGCAGAAGAGGAUCCAACGGAAGAAGAGGACAACCCGGACAACCUGGAGCUGCUGGACAGGGUGGUGCUGUGGGAGAGGCGGGAGAGCCCGGUAUCGCAGGAUCUAGAGGUACAUCCGGACCACCAGGACCACCAGGACCAAAAGGAGAGGAAGGAAACCCUGGCCCCAGAGGACCUGGAGGAACCCCGGGCACAGUCGGACCCAAAGGCAGACGAGGAGCUCUUGGUCGUAAGGGAGAGCCAGGAGAUCCAGGAAUAGAUGGAGUCCAGGGUCCGAUGGGUCCGAUUGGAGAACCCGGUUUGGAUGGCAGAGAUGGACCCGGAACUCCUGGACCCGCAGGAAGAAAAGGAACUCCAGGAUUCCCCGGAGCGCCAGGACCUAAAGGACCAAGCGGUGAUCCAGGACCCAAGGGAGGACCCGGAAAAGGAGGAAAUCGAGGACAGAGGGGAGUUUCUGGAAGCGCGGGCGAUCCGGGUCAAGGAGGAGAGAACGGAUAUCCUGGACCUCCCGGAGAGAAAGGUCCCAGAGGUCCUGGAAUUGUGCAAUGUGAACUGGUGACGAAAAUUCGGGAAAACUGCGCUUGCUGUUUCGGCAAGGUUGAGUGCCCUAUCUACCCGACCGAGCUCGCCUUCGCCAUGGAUGUGUCCGAGAACGUGGGCACGGCCUUCAACAGCAUGCGCGAGACCGUCCUUAACAUGGUGGGCGACCUCACCAUCACCGAGAGCAACUGCCCGCGAGGCGCCCGCGUGGCUCUGGUCAUGUACAACAACGAGGUCACCACCGAAAUACGAUUUGCCGACAACCUGAAGAAACGCGACCUCAAGAAACACAUCGAAGGACUGCAGACCAGGAGGACCGGGAAGGAGAGGAACCUGGCCAACGCGAUGACCUUCGUUGCCCAGAAUACGUUCAAGAGAGUGCGCAGUGGGUUCCUGAUAAGAAAGGUGGCCGUGUUUUUCGUGGGUGGACCCGUGUCGAACACUCAGGCUGUGACCCUGGCGGCUCUCAAGCUUCACAACGCUGGGAUCGCCACAGUUCUGCUGGUGACCAGAGAGAACAGGCAGCUGACGACAGCUCUGCAGGGGAACAACACUGCUCUGGCCCAGGUCAUCGUCCUCGCAGGAAAUAAUAACAGCAAUCAGUACAGAACCGCUCUGCAGAAGGUCAAGAGCUGCCACCUCUGCUAUGAUGCUUGCGCCCCUGACCAGAUCUGCGACUACGUCCCUCCCCAGUUCGGCCGCGACCGGAGAUCUUACAUCACCGACGCCGACAUCGACCUGGCUUUCUUGGUGGACAGCUCGGAGUCCACCUUCCCCUUCGUCUUCACCGAAAUCAAACACUACAUCACGCACAUCGUAAAACAGCUGGAAGUCUCGUCAGACCCCUCCGCCUCCCUGCACCAGGCCCGAAUCUCCGUCAUCCAGCAAGCCCCUUACUCCUAUCUCCGUAACCACACCGGGUCGCCCAUUUCCAUUGACGUGGGCCUGACGGAGCACAAGUCCUCACAGAGUGUGGUGAACUUCUUACUGGCGAAGACGCCGCAGUUAGAAGGUGGACGAGCUCUGGCCGAAGCCAUCGAAGCCACGGUCGAGGAGGUCUUCGAGGAGGCGCCGGUGCCCAGGGAACGUAAAGUUUUGAUGCUUUUUGUGACCGGGAAUGUGGACAAGGAUGAAGAUCGCCUAGUCCGGAUCGCCACAGAAGUGAAGUGUCGGGGAUAUUUCUUGGUGAUUUUUGGAGUAGGAGAAGCCGUGAGCGCGGGAGAUGCCAGGGUGUUGUCCAGAAUGGCCUCUGAACCCUCGGAGGUGUUCUUUAAGAGGAUAAACUCUCUGUCGCAGUUUUACGACAAGGACAUUCUGACGUUCGGACAGAUGAUUCCCAAAUAUGUGACAAUCGAGACCGCCUUCUACAUGUCGCCCGAAGUCUCCAAACACUGCGAGUGGUUCCAGAGCGACCAGCCACAUAAAAACCCAUUCAUGACGUCACAGCAACAGAAACACGAGAAACAUCAUGAAAAACAGCAGGAGGUCCAUCAUUAUAAAACACACAAAGACACAGACGAGCUGCACGUCUUCAACAUCACCUCCAGCGGUCUGAAGCUGCGCUGGACGAACCCCGACCCCAAGCACUUUGUUUAUUUCGAGGUGUCGGUGACUCGUCUGAACGACCACACUCUGGUGCUGAAGACCAACGUGUCGGGCACAGAGCUCACCGUGGACCACCUGCAGAGCGGCCAGUCCUACCACGCGGUCGUCACGGCGCACACGGCCGACGGCAGCAUUGUGCACACGAGCAAAGGCAUCGUCACCACCAAAGUAGCAGAGAAUAAACCCGUCGUCCUCAACACAAACACUGAAACUACCACCACGGCUCCACUGGACAAACCAGUAACAGACCGAUGCUUUCUUGAGUUUGACGAGGGGGAGCCGUGCAAAGACUAUCAGACUAUGUGGUUCUUUGACUAUGAGCACGGGAUCUGUUCACGGUUCUGGUACGGAGGGUGCGGAGGAAAUGCAAAUAGAUUCGAGUCCAAGGCCCUCUGCUUGAGAUACUGCAUGAAAGGGGAACCAGAGCCAGAACCAGAGCCAGAACCUCAUAGAGAAGAGGAACCGCUGGAACAGGAGGAGGUUCUGCCAACAGAAGACUCCCUCACGCCGGUGGACAUCUGUCUGCAGUCCAAAGAGGAGGGGACGUGUGCCAAGUUUGUCCUGAAGUGGCACUACGACAGCAGCAGUCAGAGCUGCACACGCUUCUGGUACGGAGGCUGCGGAGGGAACCAGAACCGCUUCGACAGCUACGAGCAGUGUGUCCAGACGUGCGGGAGGCCAGUCCCCAUCCACCAGAUAGCCAUGGCUUCAGUAAGAACAUAA